AUGAAGAAAGUAUUGCCUUAUACUAAAGAUUAUUAUCCUGAAGUUUUAGGUUAAUUGCUUAUUGUGAACUCUCCUAUGCUUUUUGAAGCCAUUUGGAAUAAUAUAAAACCUUAAAUUGAUGAGUAGACUAGAAAAAAAAUAACUAUCAUUGGAAGUGGAUAUAAAGAUAAAUUAUUUGAAAUUGUCGAUUAAGAUAAUAUACCUAAUUUCUUAGGAGGAAAAAGUAAUGAUUGCAUUACUAAAAAUAUUGGACCUUGGAAUUUAUAAGGGGAAAAUUUGUUCACUAAAGAAGAUCUUCCAGUAUAAGAAAAUAAUAAUAAUGAAGAAUAAAGUGAAUAAGAUGUAGAAAGAGAAGCUUUAGAUUUAGUAGAAUUAAGAAACGCUUUAUAAGGAAAAGUAGUAGAAUCUGCAAUAAAACCUCCUCAUAAUCCCUAAAAAUAUGAAAAUCAUACAACAUAAGGAGCUAAGUUUUAAGUUAGUGAUACUCCAUUAAAUACUUAGGCUGAUGAAGAUCAUAAUUAUGUUGGUUGA